CACGAGGGCAAAGUGUGUAUUUCGUAGAGAAUGGCAAAUGCAAACUAUUUUCAAGUAGCUGAAGACGAUGCGUGAAGAAAAACUGAAUGAUUCUGCACGACUCGUGUGAUUGAGCUGAUAGUGCAUGAUCUUCCCUGCACCAAGCGAUAAGAAUAAAAAAAAUAUCAACUUCAAAAGCGAGGACGCAGCCAAUUGUGUGCUUGUUCGGCGAAGUAUGAAGGAAGUUGUGACGGCUGCCGGAUUCACCUGGCACCGCAGAGAUGCGUGUCUGAGGGCGCAGUGAUCGUUGAAUCAAUAGGGACAUACCACAAGUACUCCCAAUUGAAGAUGGACAUCGACUCUGGAUGGCGUCAGGACAAAUUGAAAGGGAGACGACGUCAUGGUGAUCAGUGCAAGAACUGGAACGGGAUCCGAGAAUCAAAUUUCGUCGAACUUUUGACGGAAUUUCCCGAGUGGCAGACUCCAUCCACUAUGGGCAUCUCACAAAGGCUCAAAGCCAUCUCGGCGCUCUCGGCAUCUUAUACCAAUGUUUGUGCACUCGUGCAUGAGGUCACUCAGAAAGCGUUCGCUCUGGCUGGAGAGAAUGUGGACCCCAUUUUAUUUGCGAACGACUUUGAGAUUGAGGUCAUUUCAUCCAGAGGCAAAGACAGUUUACAGCAGGCUGCAAGGGUGUACGUCAAAGAUCUUGCGAUGCCCAUGCUGAUCGGUGUCAAUCCCCCCGAACGCCUUGCAAAGCAGAAGGUGAUCACGAACAUCACAUUCUACGAGAAAUCUGGUAUGCACCAAGUGGACUACCCUGUAACCAUCAAAUAG